CGGGUUAAGACAUAAUACUCAGACAAAUAGCUAUGAAGACACCUAUAGUGACGUUGUUUGGUCUUCUGUUGAUUAAUUUCGUUUCUGAGGCGUAUGGAUGUGUAUGCCCUAAAAUAUCAAAGUAUGAACAUUGGUGUGAUGCUGAAUUUGCAUUACGAGGAACUGUCAUCAUGGUCAUACGCAAGAAGGACUGUGGAAAUCCUGAAGUUAUGUAUAAGGUGGAAGUGAAAGAUAAUUUUUUUAAGUUACAGAAGAAAAUGAAUAAAAUAAUCAAGAUUCGUUCACCGGUCAAUUCAUGUGAUCCGCGUCUUGAGAUAGGAUCUGAAUAUUUAAUUUCAGGCAAACUAAGGGGAGGAUUUUACUAUACAGAUAACUGCCUUUUUAAUCAAAAAUGGCAGACUCUUUCAAAAGAUGACAAAAGAGAAUUUGAAAGGGGAACUUUUAACCAAUGUUAGUCGCUAUAAAGAAGACUUGUUUAGUGACUGUAAAUUGUAUCGACUUCUUAUUGUAAAUGCAAAAUGAAUAUUUCACUUACAAUAUGAUUAAUUUUAA